GACUAAUUUAAUUGGAUGGAUGAAUGAGAGUAGCGUAUCCUAUUGCUAUAACUUCUAAUUCAAAGUUUGGUUUUGUCGUUAAGAAUAUGAUGCUUUCUGCUUAUUCCGCUUUUAGUUUUGCUCAUAAACGAAAUGUGUGCCCUUUGCUUUAAGUUUUGCUUGUAAACGAAAUGUGUGCCCUUUGCUUUAAAUUUUGCUCGUAAACAAAAUGUGUGCCCUUUGCUUUUAGUUAUAUUCUUGCCAUAAAGCAUGAUUUCUGUCAUAAUAGAUUAUGUUGUAUCUCACUGACGCUUUCUCCCAAAUUAACAAUUUAAUACAUCUACUUGUUACCAGGACUUUUGUGGGGACAAAUUUAAAUCCUUUGUGGUACAAGUUCCUGUUUCCAUCCGAAGAUGAUGCUAUACAGUGUCAGCACACUGCAAGUCCGCUGGGUAAUGGUGCAGUUGUAGAGACAUCUGACAAGAAAUUACUUGUGUUGCAAAGAAGUUAUAAUGUUGGGGAAUUUCCUGGACACUUUGUUUUCCCAGGAGGACAUCCAGAGCCCCAAGAUGCCGGACUAGAAUCUCAUCAGUGUCGAAAUGACUCAAAAGAUUCUGAGCUUAUUAAUGAGAAAGUUUCUCAAGAGAUGUUUGACAGUAUUAUUCGUGAAGUAGUUGAAGAAAUUGGAGUACCAGCAGUAUCUCUUUGCGACCCACUUUUCAUUGGUGUCUCCCGCAGGCAGUUAAAUGUUAGACCAGCUGCUUUUUUCUUCAUAAAAUGCAGUCUUGAGUCAAAAGAAAUUCAACAAUUGUAUUCUAGUGCACAAGAUGGCUUUGAGUCUACCCAACUGUAUACCGUUUCAAUGGUAGACCUAGAAAACAUGGUAUCUAACAUGCCUGGCUGCCAUCAAGGUGGAUUUGCUCUCUACAGGCUGAUGGUAGAUACUUUGAAGAAUACAUGAUAGAAAUCCACGACAUCAGUUCAAUUCAAGUAAUCUGCCCUAAGUGACUCGGUAUUCCGUGGCAACUUUCUUUCAACUACCUUGCCUUAAUUUAAAAUUUUUCUUUGUGGUUGAUACAGAUUAGAAAUAAUGACAUUUACUAGAUUCUUCCUCCUACAGCAAUUAAACUACUUAAAGGCAUGAUUAUGGACUCCCUCCUACAACAAUUAAACUACUUAAGAGGCAUGAUUAUGGAAGCUUAUUGUUGAUAAUAAAUACGUAUGGCAUUGAUCCAUCCAAAUUAUUGUAAAUCUUUACAUUACUUUUACAAUAAUUUGUUUGCAGAUUGCUCCAUGACUCUGUU